UAUUAUCUCAAUAUUCUAUUAUCUAUUGUCUUAGAAAAUGUUAACGACCUCUUCGAGAAUAUCAUUCUUAUCGAGUAUGAAAUUCUCCACUCGUGGAAGCCGUGGAAGAUCUGCAAUGCAUUAACAAGCAGAGAAGAAGCGAGAGCGACGAAUGCAACGCACUACAACGGAAAGCGAAAAGACCGUCUUAUCGCUUUGCGUUUUAUUACGUUGCGUUGGGAGAUAAUAGCGUAUAUCGCUCAAGCUCAAGGUCAUCUGCGAUCGUUCGCGGCAUUAGCGGCAGACGGCGCAUUUAUAAGACAGAGUUCCGCAUGAAUCCUCAGUGCGAUUGUUGUCAACACCGUGAACCACGUUACGCCACGGAAGAAAAACGCGAGGUCAUUCAUUUGCCUCGAUUUCGAACGAAGAGCCGGUUAUAUUUUAAUUAAAAGUAUCUAAUGUAACCGGGAGCUGUUUGUGAUUAUAAUUCUUUAGCGGAAGCGAUACGACAAACAGGCAUUAAAGUUGUUGAAGUGCUGAAUUAGAUGUCAGACAGUGAAGAAGAUCUGUUACCGUCUUUCUAUCAAGUCUAAAAUUCUUCCUACAAGAUCGCACAAAGUAUUGAGCCUUAACUGAAUUAUCAAACAACUAAAUUCUUCAAGAACAUCUGUCGGAUUACUUCUUCUCGCAAGUUAUCUGCUCGAACAAUCGUUCAAUUAGUUAUUCAAGAGAUCUAGAAAGCGAUCGACCUUUUAUACGACUUGCCAGGCGGAUAGCCUCGGCGAAUAUACAUUCACGAAGAAUGAGGGGAUCGUGGGUGAUCCUGUUUGUCCUGACGGUCGUAACCGUCCGUGCGCCGGUAGAGGGGAAGAUACUCGAGCAAUGCGAUGCUGUGAAGGAGCUGGAGCGAGCUAAAAUCAGCAAGACCUUAAUCAGCAACUGGGUCUGCCUGAUGCAAAGCGAAAGUGGGAUGAACACGGCGCUGGUAACUGGUCCAAAGACUGCCUCCAGCUAUUCUUAUGGUAUCUUCCAAAUAAACAGUUCCAAAUGGUGCACCAGGGGACGUACGGGUGGCACCUGCAAUAAACGCUGCGAGGACUUUCUGAACGACGAUAUACAGGAUGACAUCAUGUGCGCGAAGAAGAUUUUCGAUCAACAAGGAUUCAAGGCGUGGGACGGAUGGACGAAGAAGUGCAAGAACAAGCCGUUGCCGAAUCUCGCACACUGCACGCGAAAAAGAAGAAUGGCGACCAAGAUCGAAGAGGCCGAGAUCGAGAUCGAAGAGGCAGAGAACGAGAUCGAAGAGGCCGAAAUCUAAAUCGACCCGAUCCUGUAAUGAUUGGGUGCUGCUUUUACCGGCUACGAUCUACACGAGAUUCGAUUUUGCUUUUAAUUUCGCGGCUUCUGCGCCUCUCUUGUAAUCUUUCGCGAAUUAAAUUUUGCCAAGUUAAACUUACGUAAUCGGUUCCGUGAGAUUGCAUUCCAACAGAUUGCAUUUUUCCAUGAAAGAAUCUUGCUAUAACUGCGCGCAUCGUAAUACGCUGACAAACGCUAUACGUUGCACAAACAAAAUACUCCGUUACGCUUUAUAAAUAUGGAUCUAAACCGAUUGGAUCGGCGCCACUUAUGACGCAAGACUUUACGACUUUACGUCUUAAACUUAGUACGUGUUGCACGGCUUGGCAGAUGACACUGCGCGAAAUGGUUUAGAAAUUCCAACUGUUAGAAUCGCAAAUACCAUAGGUACGUGAUGGGAUUUCAUUGAUGUCUUCCCGAUUUCAUCUUUUUACACUCACGUUGCGUGUGUGACAUUUAAAAAGAUCGUCUCAGAAUAUCGUAUCCAUGAAAUGCAGAAAUAAACUGGAUAUGCAUUAUCCAAGUAAAUGUCUCUGUGUUAAAGUAAAGUAAAAUAAGCUUAAAAAUUUUUUAAAGGAAAAAAGCAAUGCUGCAAUAUAAACCAGUAAUUUUGUGCCAUAAAAAAAAACGUAAUUUAUAUCUGAAUAAUAUAGAUAUAAGAAAUAAUAUAGAUAUAUCUGAACAAUAUAAAUUAACCUAAAUAUGUAUGAAUUCGAAUGUCUUUUGAUAAACUUUGACUUUUUAUAAUUAAUUAAAUAAAUUAAAAAUACUAAAUUUUUAUACAUUAUUAUAACAAAUCAAAAAAAAUAUAUAAAUUUUAUUAUUGUACAUUAUAUAUAAAUUUGUAUGUAUCUCUUUUAAAAUGUAGAGCAAUAUUAUGUGUAUGAUAUAAAUUAGUAUUAUAUAUAAUUAAUGUUAUAUUAAAGUAGAUAUAUUAUGAAAUAAAUAUUAAGAUAAUAAUUACAAAAUUACUGCAAUAUUAUAAUAUAAAAAAAUAAAAUAAAUAAGAGAAUUUUAUUAUUUAUUGAAUGUUAAUUUACUCUUUCGUAAAUUGUUACAAACAAGUAGUUUUAGCCUCUCAAUUUUUUCAAAUACUUCUAAAAUAAUAAAAUUUGGAAUGUGUGAUACA